GCUACAGUAAGGACAAGUAAUGCAACAUCAAGCCUACCAACCCGUUCUGCCAUGUGUUAACAAAUAUCUGCAAUACCGAUGGGACAAAAACUGCUAUGAGAUGCACAGGGACAAGGUUAAAUCUGCAAAACCCACAAUCAACACAACUCCACCGAAAACCUACAGCCAUCUACUUGUCAAGUUGAAGAAAAGCCAGCUUGAAGAGGAACGGGUUUCCAAAAUCAAAAGAGAAAACGAAAUGCUUCUAGAUAAAAUGUCCCAUAUAAUGCAGACCAACGGAGGCGUUGACUGCAAAAAUAUUUAUGUAAAGAAAAGUCUUGGCUCAGAAAAAAAGACAGCUGGAAUUGCUCCACAUCACCAGAGAGAAUCAGCGCAUCCUCCAGCGUUUAGCGACCUGCAGGCCGCGUUACAGCGCUCAGGUGUGGCAGGAGCAGUGGCUCAGACACCUGGAGCUCAUGGAGGCUAUAGGCAGAUAUCCGCGAUUCUUCAGCGCACAGGGGUCCCACUUGCCACCUCUUUGAACAGACUGCAAGACGAUGGAUCAAUGGUCUGUUAACAUGGGGAAUGAAAGGAAGAAGUUUGAAGAUGA